AUGCGUCUCUGGUACUGCGGCAGCGCGGCGGCCAACUCGUACUUUCACAUCUCCGACUCCAACCCCCUCAUCACCACGCAUUGCUACACCACUUCCUCCUCUGGGCGAAAGGAGCUCGAAGAGUCGGGCGUCACCGUCUUUGACUCCGAGGAGAGCUGCGCAUGCCUCCCGACGCCGCCGGCGCCGCCGCCGCAGCCGGCGAGGCCGCCGCCGCCGCCGCAAAAGAUCUUCUUCUGCGGCCGGCCAGGCGCGCACCCUCCCCCAGUUGCACCAGAUAUCUGGCCCCUCUUUGAGGACGAGCAGCUGCUCACCAACACGUGCUACGCCUCGACCAAGCUGCAAAAGGAGCAGGUCAUGCGGCUCGGCGUCAACGUGUACCUCGACUGGCAGUCAUGCCAGUGCCACCCUACGCCGAACCCGCCGCCGCCACCGCCGCCGCCGCCUACGCCGCCGCCACCGCCGCCGCCGCCUACACCUCCGCCGCCGCCUCCGCCGCCAUCGCCGCCGCCGCCACCGCCGCCGCCUUUGCUGCCGUCACCGCACACCGCUGAGCGCGCAUUGCCGUUGCUGCCGCCACAAGCGCGCUCGCCGACAACACAGCCUCCUCCUCCGUUGCAAGAGCCGACGCCUCCGCCUCGGCCGGCACCAGACGUCGAUGCGGGCGCCGCCGCUCACAACCUGACGAGCCCCUCCUCGUGCGAGGGCCAGUCGGACGAGUGGUGCCUCGAGUCGGCGCGGCUCGCCCUAGCAGAGGCGGAAGCGGAGGCAGAGGCGGCAGAGACGGAGGCGGAGGCGGCGAGGGAGGCCUCCAGGCUUGCGCAAGCCGCAUCCGAGGCCGCAGACGCCCAUGCCGCCGCCGCAGCGUCCAAGGUCUCCGCAAUCGCUGCGGACUCGGUGGCGCGCGAUGCAAAGGAGAAGGCAGCGGCGGCAAAGGCAAGGGCACAGCUUGCGGCAGCAGCACUUGCCGCCAUCACGCCACCGCCGGUUCUGCCGCCGGCACCUCCACCGCCGCCGCUACCUCCGCCAGCGCCGCUGCCGCCGCUGCCGCCGCCAGCGCCGCGGUUGCCGCCGCCGCCGCGGUUGCCGCCGCUGCGGAGUCCGUUGCUACCGCCGUUGCUGCCCCCACCCCUGCCACCACCUCUUUCGCCUCCGCUGCUGCCAUUCUUGCCGCCUCCGCUGCCGCCUUCGCUGCCGCCUCCACUUCAGCCACCGCCACCGCCUCCCCCUCGACCCAGCCUGCCUCCGCCUCUGCCGCCUCCGCCUCUGCCGCCUCCGCCUCUGCCGCCUCCGCCCACGUCGCCGCCGCCUAGCCCCGAGGAGCCGCCGCCGCCACCCCCACCGCCGCCGCCGCCGCAGCCCCUCACGCCACCGCCGCCAAGACCGCUCCAGCCGCCGUUUGUGUCUCUGGGCGAGAUGCGUCCCAUUCGCGGCUUCCGCGGACCCACGCAGCAGCAGAGGGACGCAACUCUUGCGGUGACUGCGGGCAUGGGCGCCCUAGUUUUGGCUCUAGCGCUGGUGAGCCGGGCCGUGCGCGUGCCUGAGCUGGCCAGCCCCAGGGGGCGGCCGCAGCGGGUGAGCGAGGAGGACGACGACCAGGAGGCGGUUGGUAGGUACAGCGAGGUUGAGGGCCACCAGAUGGAAGCGCGCCUCUUUUAG